GAUGGCGGCGCACUGUGGCCAUUUCCCCCUCCCCUUCCGCUUUCUCCCUCAGUUAGGAGCUUCUCGGUACAGCUCCUGAGGCAGCCUCGUUUCCGGGGCAUCCCGGCGCGAGGACACCACCACCCUCCGGAGCGGCGCGCAACCAUGUGGAGGCGACUCGCGCGUCCUCUUCGCGCGCUGCCAAAGGUCCCCGGAGAUCCUUUUUCUGCCAGAGUCCUCAGUGCUGGCCUGAAGAGCUAUGUGCUUCCCCAGGAUUAUACCAACAUCUCCAUCCCUGACCGACCCAAACUGAAGUUCAUAGACAAAGUUCCAAGUGUACCUAAAGUGAGGCGGGAAUUCAAAAACCUACGUGACAUCCGUGGCCCAUCCACUGAGGCUACUGAGUUCACCCAGGGACAGUAUGGCAUUUUGGCAUUGGGUGGUGGUUACCUUCAUUGGGGUCACUUUGAAAUGAUGCGCCUAACCAUCAAUCGUCACCUGGAUCCCAAGAUCAUGUUUGCCGUAUGGCGCAUCCCAGCCCCUUACAAGCCCAUCACCCGCAAGAGCCUAGGCCAGCGCAUGGGUGGGGGCAAAGGUGCCAUUGACCACUAUGUGACAGCAGUGAAAUGUGGCCGCCUCAUUUUGGAAGUGGGUGGGCACUGCGAGUUCGGGGAGGUGGAGCACUUCCUCACACAGGUGGCCAAGAAGCUGCCGUUCCCAGCCAAGGCAGUCAGCUGCCAGUCCCUGGAGGAGAUGUACCAGGCGGAAAAGGAAAGAAGAUGCAAAAAUCAGAACCCCUGGACAUUUGAGCGUAUCAUCACCUCCAACAUGCUGGGGAUCCGCAAGGUUCUGAGCCCCUACGAUCUGACACAGAAGGGGCGCUACUGGGGCAAGUUCUUUCUGAAAGACAGAGUGUAAUGACCAAGUGGGGGUAGGAGGGGAAAAAAUCUCAGGGACAGGUGCCUGGAAGGAACCUUGAUCCUCCUUCCUCAGCAGGUGUGAGGUCCCUCCUGAGUGCAGCCCAUCUUGUAGUGGUAGGCUCUCCAGGGUGGGCAUUACUGUGGAGAUCUGCCCCUCUGCUCCAAAGGUGGCUGAGUUGUGUGCAGUAAACAUGUAGGUGCAAGUUCGGGUAACCAAUGAUCAUUUUGGAUUAAUAAAGCUUUCUUACAGUGGCA